GGAUAAUGCAGAAGAAGAGAAGCAGAGCACGGAGCGAAGAUCCUUCUUCUUCCGAGAGCGAAGAAAAAGUUAAGAGGCAUAGAGGAACAUAGAAAGAAGAUGAGAGGAGAAGUGAGAAGAAGGAAAAUAAAUCUCACAAGCACCACUGAUCAAGUUCGUGUAUAGUAUUUCUUCAAUCGUUUCCUAGUAUCUGACCUGAUAUGCGAUAGCAAUAGCAUGUGAUGGCUAGAACCUUUGGUUAUUUGUUACAGUCCGGUUAAAAUUUGAUGUCUUUUUACUGCUUCAUCUUGUUUGAGUAUCUUGAUUUGAUGCAAACAGCUAAGCAUUGUCAAUGUCGAUAAGUUAAGAAUGCUUGAUGGACUGAUGGGGUUUGUCUUUGUGUUCUAGUUCUGAUAUGUAGACAGGGUUUUGUUUUGGUGUGUAGUGAGCUAGAGAGCCAAAAAACGAUGUCGUUUACAGGAACGCAGCAGAAAUGCAGGGCGUGCGAGAAGACAAUGUACGCUAUGGAGCUUCUCUCAGCUGAUGGUGUCCCUUUUCAGAAGUCUUGAUUCAAGUGUUCUCGCUGCAAAUCCACCCUUCAAGCUACACAAUUGAGGUAUGUUCUUAAGCAGCGUGAUAGGUAAUUAUCUAGUGUUACAUGAGAGUGGAGCUUUAAUAACAUAGCAAUGGUGGUAGUUUGAACUCUUUGUGCAUCGGAACUUAGACAGUGUGUAGGUCUUGUUGAAUUGUUCUUUGGUGAAUUGCAAAACUUUGAAGUUAGGUGAUAUGGAUAGCCUUUGUACGUUGAGUUAGAGAAAGGUUGUAUUAUCAGAAACUUGUAUAAAUGAUAUGGAUAAUAAAAGUGUAUUCACAAGAUCAAAUCUUCUUUUUCUAGUUCUUUCUUCCUUCUCAAAUUCUUUCAACUUUUUUUUAAGAAUCUUUACUUAAGAAACUUGCAAUGGAGGACACAAAUUUUUGUAUCUCUUAACUAAAGUUCUUAACACAAAUUUAUUAUUAAACAAAUGAUUAAGAGUCUUUAAUGGACUCUAGGGAUAAAGAUGCUCUUAAGUCUUUGAAAUUGGUUUCCUUGUCCGAUGAGUAUAUAGAUUCUCCAAAGCACCAACGCAGAAUAACAAAAGCAGCCACAAAGAUGGCUUCUUUAAGUCUCAAGAAUAUUGCAGUGGACUGAUGAUUAAAUGGUUUAUUAGCUCUUUAAAACUUUAAGCUUUGCUUGGCUUCAACAGAUUCUCAGUUAUGGCUUCUUUCUGUCCAGAGCCGUGCUUACAACUUAAUGAAAAAUACAUUUACCUAGGCCUUCCAAAUUUUGUAAAAUUUUAAGGGUCCCUAAUUACGAAAAAAAUUACAUAGUAGCUAAUGUAUUCUUUUAGUUAGAUUUUUAUUUUUAUUUGAUUCUAAAUUCGAAUUUUGUUUUUUUUUAAACUAAUUUAUGAUCAAUUUUACUAUAUUUUAUGUAAAAUUAUAAAGAUUCUAUUUCUAAUUAACUUUAAAUAUUUGAUCCACAUUUUCAUUUGUGUAUAUGCUAUGAGUUAGAUUUAUUUUAUAUAUUUAUAGAAUUUGAUUAACAAAUUAUAAUAUUUUGAAUAUAUAGUUUAUUGUAUUUAAUUUAAACGCUAAGAUUUAGUUUUUUAACAGCGACCAACAUUUCAAUUCAAAAUUUAUAUUUUUGUUUUUAUAUUACUAAUUCCUAUUUUUGAUCAUUAUUUUAUUUUUUGGUUUAUAAAAGUUUGGUGCAGAAAAUUUAGAAAAUGUUUAGGUAAUAAAUCAAAACUUUUUAGUGUUAUGUUUAUAUGUUUUUUCAAAAAAAAUAUUUUAUAUAAUUCGAAUUUAAAUAGAACUAUUUUCAAAAAAAAGAUAUCAUGUAAAUUUUUUUUAACUCGCCUCGGACCCUCAACAACUUUCGCACGGCACUGUUUCUGUCUCACUCUUGCUUUCUUUCGACUUAUCUUGCUUUGAAAAUUCAUACAUGUAUUAUGGAUGAUUUAUUGGCAAUAUGAAAAUGAAAUAUUCCCCUUGUUAGCUUAUAAAAAAUGAUGUUUUCUGAUUCAUUUCAGCUUAUUAAACUUAACAGAGUAAAGUAUUAAUUCAAUUCACAUCGAGAAAACCACUAAUCAUACUAGUAGCAGGAUUGUUUUACUUGAUAACACUUAGAAUAAUUAAUUGAGAAAAGCAUCUAUCAAAACUUGACUAAUUCUUUCAACUUAAGAAAAUACUCAAAAUAGGCUAUUUCGAACGUAAUUUUUUUUGAAAGGGUUUAUAAUUCAAUAUUCUGAAGAUCUAGGAUUUAAAUUUCGAUUAUUUUCGUAAUGUAAAAUAAUAUAUAUUAGUUUUCCAUUUUAGUAUAUAUAUAGUUAUUAUUUACCAUAUCCAAUGCAUAAAAAAGGAAGUGAUUUUUUUGUUAUUUGUUUUCUUUUAACGAUUUUUUCCUUUCUGGUAUAAAUAUAUCUAUUAUUUACCUUAUUUAAUUAAUGCAUAAAAGUGAUUUUUAUUUAAGUUUUAUUCCUUUUUAACAAGAUUUUCCUAUCUAGUUUUACGUAUAUCUGUUUUGAAUUUUGGAAAUUUGAUAUUUCAGCCUCUAUAUAACAAGAUUGUAGAACGUAAACUUUGGCAUACACACCUUUGCGUCCUAAUCAAUCUCACAUCUUGGCUUCCGUAUUCACCUUUUCACCCGCCGUAAAAAUAUGGACCUGCGAGAAUCACUGCGGAAGCAAAACGAGAUCGUUCUGAGUUUGUUUAAGCACGUGAUCGCCACCACCACCGCCGGAAAACCCUCUAACCGACUCUUUUCCCCGGCGUUAAUGAAUGUCAUCCUCAGCUUCAUCGCCGCCAAGUCUCCCGGAGACAUCGAAGAAAAGAUUCUCUCUUUACUACAGGCUUCUUCGACCGACGAGCUUAACACCGUCUCCUCCAAGAUCGUAACCACCGUCCUCGCCGACAGUACACCAAGUGGCGGUCCGACGAUCGCGGCAGCGAACGGCGUCUGGAGCGAAAAAUCUGUCCCUGUCGAUCCUUCUUUCAAGGAUAUUAUAGAGAACUCGUAUAAGGCUGCUUUUAACCUAGUUGACUUUCGCAACAAGGUUCAUGAAGUGGUUGAAGAAGUGAACUCAUGGGUUGAGAAGGAGACAAAAGGACUCAUCACUGAUCUCAUCCCCAAAAACUUUGCUUCUCCUGCGACCGAUCUCAUAUUCGCUAAUGCAUUGUUCUUCAACGGAAGAUGGGAUCAAGAAUUCGAUCCAUCUCUUACAAAAGAUUCAGACUUUCACCGUCUCGAUGGAACUACAGUAGGCGUUCCCUUCAUGUCCGGCUGCUCUUUAGGAUACGAUCUCGUAGUUUACGAUGGUUUCAAAGUCCUUAACCUACCUUAUAGGGGAGGACGUGGUGACUACUACCGUCGCCGUUUCUCUAUGCAAAUAUAUCUGCCUGAUGAAAAAGAUGGGUUGCAUGCAAUGCUGGAGAGGUUAGCUUCUUCUCGUGGAUUCUUGAGUGGCGAAGGAGAUAUUCCUGGACACUCUGCAUAUAUCGGAGAACUCAAGGUUCCGAGGUUUAAAUUCGAGUUUGGUUUUGAAGCCACGGAAGCUCUCGAGGGUUUGGGUUUGGAGCUGCCGGGGGAUGUGAUCAUCCACAAGUCUUGCAUUGAGGUAGAUGAAGUGGGAUCGAAAGCUGCAGCGGCUGCUGCUGAGAUCAGUAUUGGUUUUUGUAUGCCUCCGAAAGAGAAGUAUGACUUCGUGGCUGAUCACCCGUUUCUCUUCCUUGUCAAAGAAGAGUUCAGCGGACUGGUCCUGUUCCUUGGUCAAGUUACUGAUCCUUCAAUGCAUUAAUAUGUGUCCAAAGCAUUUCAGAUUUGCAUGUUUAUUUGAAAUGGUUUUGGUGGAUGGUUUUUGAAACUAAUAAAUUUACUUAGUUCUCUGGCUUUUUUUGUUUUUAUCUUUUUAAGAUUUUUUUUUCUGAAAGUGUUAGAUUAAUACAAAUCGAGAACAUUUUCUUACAAUGAUUUGUUUGUUUGCUAUCGAACUUUGAAUUAUCAAAGCGUUUAAACUAAAAAUAAAACCCAAGUGACUUUUGUUGGCCUCAUCUUGAUGCGAACUAAACUUGUAGAGCACCUUCAAACACUAUUCCUCCUGUUAAUAUAGUUGAAGAGAUCAUCCUCAUGCUUUCUCAUGUGUCCUUUGGUAUUAAAGUGAGAAUAAUGUAGUUUGGAAGACGCAACAAAUCAAAAACCGUGACAUCUUGUCUCACGUACUGAGUACAUUCGGUACUUGUGCGUCAAGCCCUCCAUACUUCCUCCAAGUAUUGGCAUUGGAAGAAGAGAUGGUUUCUAGCACAUGGUGGUCAGACCAAAUUUAUAAUGUUUUACAGUUUUAAAAUUUUUACGAACCGUAGUUUUGAAACAGGUCCCACUUUUGACCCUGCGCGUAAGACCAUCAUUGGAUUAGAGCAAUUCUAUAAGUUGGAUAUUAUUCCAGUAGUACUCUAGAGUGACGAACAAAAAAUAAAAAAA